CAGGCAGUGCCUAACAAGGCGGAGCCUGGAGGGUCCGCGGGUCCCAGUAGCCCCAGCACAAGUGACUUGGACGCCGCCGCCUCCUGCCCGCACUAUGACCCAGCCCGUGCCCCGGCUCUCUCUACCCGCCGCGCUGGCCCUGGGCUCGGCCGCGCUGGGCGCCGCCUUCGCCACUGGGCUCUUCCUGGGGCGACGGUGCCCUCCAUGGCUAUCCCGGCGAGAGAAGCGCCUGCUGCCGCCUGAGGACAGCCCCCUGUGGCAGUAUCUGCUGAGCCGCUCCAUGCGGGAGCACCCGGCGCUGCGGAACCUGCGGCUGCUGACCCUGGAGCAGCCGCAGGGGGAUUCCAUGAUGACCUGUGAACAGGCCCAGCUUCUGGCCAACCUGGCGCGGCUCAUCAAGGCCAAGAAGGCGCUGGACCUGGGAACUUUCACAGGCUACUCAGCCCUAGCGUUGGCCCUGGCGCUGCCCCCAGCCGGGCGCGUGGUUACCUGCGAAGUGAACGCAGGGCCACCGGAGCUGGGGAGGCCCCUGUGGAGGCUGGCUGAGGAGGAGCAUAAGAUCGACCUUCGGUUGAAGCCUGCCCUGGAGACCCUGGAUGAGCUCCUGGCCGCUGAUGAGGCCGGCACAUACGACAUGGCCGUGGUGGACGCAGACAAGGAGAACUGUGCCGCCUACUAUGAGCGGUGCUUGCAGCUGCUGCGACCUGGAGGUGUCCUCGCUGUCCUCAACGUCCUGUGGCGUGGGGAGGUGUUGCAGCCCCAACCGCGGGAUACAGCGGCACAGUGUGUGCGAAACCUGAAUGAGCGCAUCUUGCGGGACGCCAGGGUCCACAUCAGCCUCCUGCCACUGGGCGAUGGCCUCACAUUAGCCUUCAAGAUCUAAGGCUGGUCCUUAGCUAGUGGCCUCCAGGGAGGGGACCUCAGAACCCCCUGCCUUUGACCCUGUUUUAAAUCCUACAAUAAAGUGGGGCCUGAUUUCACAA